AUUAUGCUUUUAGUCUGAAAACUCGUAGCGGAAGUAUUAGCAUUGUGCAAACUGUACAAAUGUGCUUGAGACAACCUGAAUGGCAGAAUGGCAGCGUGUGUAGUCCAGUACGUCUGUGUUGUUUAUUAGCUCCAUCAGCAGCGGUGUGAGGUGUGGAUGAGCUGCUUUACCGCAGGGUAACAGAGAUGUCUUGGAGCUCCGCAGGUCUGAGGGGAUGUGUCGGACUUCUCCGAUGCCGGUCCUUCACAGUCAGCAACAGGGCAUUGACAACCCCUGAGUGCCCUUUGUAUACCUCACGGUUCUUCACCACGUCUGCUCGUUCCAAGUGUCCAGCACAAGAGGACGUAAAUCAGCCUCUGAAGCAGUGGGCCCUGGAGGUGAGCCCCUUCCUCACGGUGCGGGCACGGCUGGCCUGCAGCAUCUCCGUCCGCCCGCUGGACCCGCACGCCUUCCCGGAGGCUGACCGAGCCUACAUCACGGUCCAUGGCACAGACACCGAGCAGGAGGUCGGUCUGGAUCACUUACACGUCCACUACGAUGAUCAGAGCAAAGAGCUGCUCAUCUCAGCCGAGAAGGUUAACAGCAGCGUGUCGAUUGAUCUCACUGCACCUAUAAAAAGUAAUCUCUUCAUUGCCACGCAAGGGAAAGGCAACGUGCAAGUGAAGAAAAUGGAGUGUGAUAUCUGCAAGGUGCAGACAGACGAGGGCAACUGUUUUCUGCACUCUGUCAAGAGUCACCAGGUUGAGGUCAAGUCCCAUGGAGGACACAUUACAGGUGCAGGCACUAUCCAUGGCAACGUGGACAUCAGCACAUGCAGAGACAGUGCAGUGAAUGUCAAGAAGCUCCAGGGCACCAAAAUGAAUGUCUCAACAGAGGGCGGCCCCCUGAAGGUCAAAGCCAUCUAUGCCGAGUCCAGCUGUGUCUCCUCCUGUUCUGGCAGAAUCGAACUGGGGCAUGUACACGGUACUGCCACAGUGAAGAAUGUGUCCGGAGAUACAGUUAUUGAUGGUUCAAAUAGUUUCCUGAAGAUUUCCUCUCACAGCGGAGGCAUUGAUGUCUAUGUGGGAGAUGGCGGCAGUGCCGAACUUCACACUCGGGAAGGAGCAGUGAGUGUGCGUGUCCCCUCCUUGGUGAAAGCUGGGGUGGAGCUCUGCGGAGCGUCGGUGGAUAUCAGCCCAGAGGUUGUUCUGCAUGGAGAAGAAAACAACACAACUGAAGGCCAAACCACAGUUACUGGCUACAUAAAUGGGGAGUCUCCAGUGGAGCAGUGGGUUAAAGCUCGGGCAGACAGAGGCUCUGUCACACUGAAGACACAAAGCUGGUUUGAGUCCCUGAAGCUGGGGAGCUGAAACAUGAGUGACAAAGUUUUGGCUUGUAAUGCUGCAUCACAUUCUUGGGGCUUUAGACUUACGGACAGAGCCAGAUAUUUACUGGCGCUCCUCAAGACUUGAUGUACUUUUACCUGAUUCAAGUAUUCAAAACUCAGGAUCUACUGUGCUUCCAGGGUGAACAUCAUGUAUCAUCUAUACAGUGUAACAAAUAUUUGCAUAUGUUCAAAAUCACUGUACAAACAGAGUCUGGAAAGCACACUGGACAACUGCACAUCAGUGUUGGUCUGUGAUGAGCUGUCAAGGGGUUUGAAUGUUAAUUAGAAACUGUUUGCUCAUUUGUCUGUAUGUUUACUGUGUGUUAAUGUAUAUCUUCUGUGCAGCAUGUAAAUAACGUGAAAAUAAUUAUCUCAAAACUGACAAAAGCGUGGGAGGUGUUUUUUCAUCAAGAGGCAAAUUCAGUUAUAGUUACAAAAAAAAAAAAAAAAGAAUCUGGCUCUGAAUGACAAAAGCUAAGACAUUUUAACCUAAGCUCAAA